UCUCUCUCUCUCUCUCUCUCUCUCUCUCUCUAAUUUCUUAAAGGGUUACAUCAAACGGUCUUCAGUUGCUGAAGGCCAAAUGGGUUCUCCAGGAGAGGAUGAGAUAGAGAAAGGAGAUCAAAUGAGAAACAGAAAUAAGGGCACAAAAAAGUCAGUGGCAAUAAUCUUCAGAUAUGCUGAUUGGAUUGAUGUUGUGCUCAUGCUGUUGGGAACAUUUGGAGCUGUUGGAGAUGGCAUGUCCACCAACUGCUUGCUGCUUUUUGCAAGCCGUCUCAUGAAUAGCUUAGGGUUUGGUCAGACCCAACAAAACAGUGGCCACUUCAUGGAUGAAGUAGAACAGUGCAGCUUAAACUUUGUGUACUUGGGAUUAGCAGUCAUGCUCGUGGCUUUUUUGGAAGGAUAUUGUUGGAGUAAAACGAGCGAGCGACAGGUACUAAAGAUCCGGUACAAGUAUUUGGAGGCCAUUCUCAGACAAGAGGUUGGCUUCUUUGAUUCACAAGAGGCCACUACAUCGGAAAUUAUCAAUAGCAUUUCAAAGGAUACUUGUCUGAUUGGUGAAGUCCUUAGUGAAAAGGUUCCGAUAUUUCUGAUGCAUGCGUCGGUUUUCUUCUCGGGCCUCGCAUUUUCCACUUACUUCUCUUGGAGGCUGUCCCUGGUGGCCUUCCCGCUGUUGCUUCUCUUGAUAAUACCGGGAAUGAUAUACGGCAAGUACCUUCUCUUUCUGUCGAAGAAGUGUCAAAAGGAGUACGGUAAAGCCAACACUAUCAUAGAGCAGGCCUUGAGCUCCAUCAAAACAGUGUAUUCCUUCACUGCCGAGAGACGUAUUCUUGAGAGGUACUCUUCCAUUUUGGAGAGAACAACAAAGCUAGGAAUCAAACAAGGCAUAGCCAAAGGUCUGGCUGUGGGAAGUACCGGCCUUUCUUUUGCCAUUUGGGCUUUCUUGGCUUGGUACGGAAGCCGCCUGGUCAUGUACAAAGGCGAGAGUGGUGGCAGGAUUUACGCAGCAGGCAUUUCCUUCGUACUUAGUGGAUUAUCCCUCGGGAUGGCGCUUCCUGACGUGAAGUACUUCACCGAAGCAUCAGUUGCGGCAGCACGAAUAUUUGAAAGAAUAGAUCGGGUUCCAGAGAUAGACAGUGAAAGUCCUCAAGGAUGUGUCUUAGACAACAUGUCAGGGGAAAUAGUCUUUGACCAUGUGAAGUUCACAUAUCCUUCUAGGCCAGACUCGGUCGUCCUUAAGGAUUUCAACCUGAAAGUUGAAGCGGGAAAAACCGUCGCUCUCGUCGGAGCGAGCGGGAGUGGCAAGUCCACCGCGAUUGCGUUGCUGCAGCGGUUCUACGAUCCUGAUGGAGGAGUUGUGCGCAUAGAUGGAGCCGAUAUAAAGACGCUACAGCUAAAAUGUAUAAGACAGAAGAUGGGACUGGUUAGCCAGGAACACGCUUUGUUCGGGGCAUCGAUAAAGGAGAAUAUAAUGUUUGGGAAGCUGGAUGCUACGAUGGAAGAAGUCACUACCGCGGCAAUCGCUGCGAAUGCUCAUGACUUCAUAAGGCAGCUUCCGGAUGGAUAUGAGACCAAGGUUGGUGAAAGAGGAGCAUUCUUAUCAGGUGGACAAAAGCAGAGAAUUGCCAUUGCGAGGGCCAUCAUAAAGAACCCAGUGAUUCUCCUACUAGACGAAGCAACUAGUGCACUCGACUUGGAAUCAGAAGGGCUUGUUCAAAAUGCCCUUGAUCAAGCCUCUUUGGGAAGAACCACACUGGUGGUUGCACACAAGCUGUCGACUGUGAAAAAUGCGGACCUCAUUGCCGUGGUCAAUGGCGGUCGUAUCGUUGAGAUAGGCUCCCACAACGAUCUGAUCGAGAAAAAAGAUGGCCACUACGCAAAACUGGCGGAACUACAGAGCCAGUUCAACUGUGAUGAACCAGAGCAAGGAUCCGAUAUUCGCAUAUCCUCUGUCGUGAGAAGCAGCGCGGGCAGGCUGAGCACUUCGAAGUCGAGCCCGGGUAUAUUUGCUUCGCCUAUACCAGUGUUGGAUAGCCCGCAGCCAGUCUCUCAUCCUCCACCGUCCUUUUCUCGGCUUUUAUCGUAUAGUGGUCCAGAAUGGAAGCAAAGCCUUAUAGGAAGUCUUUCAGCCAUGGCCUUUGGGGCAGUCCAACCUGUCUAUGCCUUAACAAUUGGUGGCAUGAUAUCCGCUUUCUUUGUACAAGAUCACGGCGAAAUGCGAGAGAGAAUCCGAACCUACACCUUGAUUUUCUCCUCUCUUUCCUUAAUUUCGAUCUCUGUCAAUCUCUUGCAGCACUACAAUUUCGCCUACAUGGGAGAGCACCUCACAAGGAGAAUCAGGUUGCGAAUGCUCGAGAAAAUCUUGACUUUUGAGCCCGCUUGGUUCGAUGAGGAGGAGAACUCGAGCGGAGCAUUGUGCUCUAGGCUGAGCAAUGAAGCUUCCACGGUCAAGUCUCUCGUAGCCGACAGAGUCUCUCUCCUGGUCCAAACCACUUCCGCAGUCACGAUCGCAAUGAUCAUGGGUCUUGUGGUGGCUUGGAAGCUCGCGCUUGUCAUGAUCGCAGUGCAGCCCCUCACGAUCCUAUGUUUCUACACCCGCAAAGUCCUGUUAUCAAGCUUUUCAGCUAAGUUCGUUAAGGCUCAAAACCAAAGUACUCAAAUAGCCGUGGAGGCAGUUUACAAUCACAAGAUAGUAACUUCCUUUGGGAGCAUCCAGAAAGUUCUUGAACUGUUUGAUAAAGCUCAAGACGAGCCCAGGAAGGAAGCCAGGAAGAAGUCGUGGCUGGCCGGGAUAGGCAUGGGGUCGGCACAGUGCCUAACAUUCAUGUCGUGGGCUUUAGAUUUUUGGUACGGUGGUACAUUAGUAGAGAAGGGACAGAUAUCAGCAGGGGAUGUAUUCAAGACAUUCUUUGUGUUGGUCAGCACUGGCAAAGUCAUCGCCGAAGCUGGAAGCAUGACAUCCGAUUUAGCCAAAGGGUCUGCUGCGGUUGCAUCAGUGUUCCAAAUUCUUGAUCGCCAAUCGCUUAUCCCAUGGUCCCGCCAAGCAGAGGACGGUGGCAGUGGAACCAUACUGCAGCAAGUAACUGGAAAGAUAGACCUGAGGAGUGUUGAUUUUGCAUAUCCAAGCAGGCCCAAGAGUCUGAUACUGAGGCAAUUCUCACUGGAAGUGAAACCGGGCACAAGUGUUGGGCUUGUGGGCAAAAGCGGGUGUGGGAAAUCGACCGUGAUCGGCUUGAUUCAGAGGUUUUACGACGUUGAGAGGGGGUCAGUGAGAGUCGAUGGCGUGGACAUAAGAGAGGUCGACAUCCACUGGUACAGGAAGUACACGGCACUUGUCAGCCAAGAACCGGUCAUUUACUCGGGCAGUAUACGCGACAACAUCGUCUUUGGCAAGCUCGAUGCCACCGAAAACGAAGUGGUGGAGGCUGCAAGGGCAGCCAACGCUCACGGAUUCAUCUCGUCUUUGAAGGAUGGAUAUGAGACAGAAUGUGGCGAGAGAGGGGUGCAACUAUCAGGAGGCCAAAAGCAGAGAAUAGCAAUUGCAAGGGCCAUCAUACGGAACCCGACCGUGCUGUUGCUCGAUGAGGCGACCAGCGCGCUCGACGUGCAGUCGGAGCAAGUGGUGCAAGAGGCGCUGGACCGGAUCAUGGUUGGGCGGAGCACGAUCGUGGUGGCCCACAGGAUCAACACGAUCAAGGAUCUCGACUCGAUCGCACUCGUCGCCGAUGGCAAGGUGGUUGAGCGGGGGACCUACGCGCAGCUCGUGAACAAGCGAGGCGCUUUCUUCAAUCUUGCCAACCGUCAGAUUUAGGCAUUUGGGUCGUGCUAAAGAUGGGGUAUAUGCAAUAACCUAGUGUCUGAGGUUAGUGCCCAGACAUAUUUUGUAUUGCGUAAGAGGUGGUGUGUACUAGGCCUUCUGCAUGUGAGGAAUCUUCAGGCCUUGUGGCAAGUAAGGAAGGGCUGGUGUAGAGGUUACAUCGACGACUACAACAUAGUCGGAUCAGGAUAAAAAAGACCGGACUCAUCGCAAAUAACCGUUGUAAUGACGCUUUUAGCGACUGUAAUUGAAUGAUGUGCA